AGGCUUCCGGGGGCCAACGCGCCCCGCGACCAAGGUUCCGCCCCGGUUGCCUCGUGAGUCCCAAAAGCAGAUGGAAGGAGUGGCGUGAUCUGACUCUUCCACUAUGAACGAAGCAGAGCUGGUCGAGGCCUUUAACACUCAGAUGAGGCAGGAUCCUGAUGUCGCCUCAGCUGUGGCUGCUAUCCAUGUCUUGCUGGAGUUUUUGAAAAGAGACAAAGGUGAGACAAUUCAAGGGUUGAGAGCCAAUCUCAAGCGAGCCAUAGAAGUGCUCUCUGGUGUUGAUUCCUCGGUAGCGAUCUCUUCAGGAGGGGAGCUUUUCUUGCGGUUCAUCAGUCUCACCUCUUUGGAGAAUCCGGAUUAUUCCAAAUGUAAAGCAAUCAUGAUUGAGAGAGGAGAACUUUUCCUCCGGCGAAUCUCUGGCUCAAGGAAUAAGAUUGCCGUACUUUGCCAUACUUUUGUCAAAGAUGGUGGGAGGGUAUUGACUCACGCUUAUUCCAAAGUGGUCCUGAGAGUGCUGGACACAGCAGUAAAAGCCAAGAAACGUUUCAGUGUUUACGUCACCGAAUCACAGCCGGACCGAGCAGGGCAAACUAUGGCUGAAGCUCUCACCAAACUGGGCAUACCUGUGACAGUCAUCCUAGAUGCUGCUGUUGGGUACAUAAUGGAAAGAGUGGACCUGGUGAUUGUUGGUGCUGAAGGAGUAGUGGAAAAUGGAGGCAUUAUUAAUAAGAUUGGCACAAACCAAAUGGCUGUGUGUGCCAAAGCUCAGAACAAGCCCUUCUAUGUGGUUGCAGAGAGUUUCAAGUUCGUAAGGCUCUUUCCUCUGAACCAGCAGGACGUCCCAGAUAAAUUUAAGUAUAAAGCAGACACUCUGAAGAACAGUAAGACUCUCAUGAUGGAACAUCCCUGGAUUGACUAUACGUCUCCGUCUCUGAUCACUCUCCUCUUUACGGAUCUUGGGGUCCUGACCCCCUCUGCUGUCAGUGAUGAACUUAUUAAAUUAUAUUUGUGAACUGUCCAUUUCCGAUGUGCUGAAGCUAACGUGUUUUUGCUUGGCAGCUUGUUGGUAGUACAUUCACAAAAAGGGGUGUGUUCUGGUCGAUUGUACGAAGAGCCUACUAAACAAUAUGGAAACUACGUUACUGGGAAUAAAUUCACUGAAAAAGAACAA